GCAGAACUUAGGAUGUUGAUUGGAUUGGAUUUUAUUGUUACCUGUGCUGUUACUGUAGAGUGUAAACUUGUUUUAGACUGUAGAUCACUUACCACUGCCCCAUUUAUUUUAUAUUAUCCACAGUUCAUUUUGCGAACUAGCCAAAUACAAAAUCAUGGCAACAGAUGAACACUUUGAAACGUUUGAAGAAGAAGAAGCAUCGGCAGAGACCACAGUAGCCCUAAGCACUUCAGGUAGAAAAAGACUUUUCAGCAAAGAGCUCAGGUGCAUGAUGUACGGUUUCGGUGACGAUCAAAACCCUUACACCGAAAGUGUAGAUAUUAUCGAGGAUUUAGUCAUAGAAUUCAUAACUGAAAUGACUCAAAAGGCUAUGGAAAUAGGUAGAACAGGUAGAGUACAAGUUGAAGAUAUAGUAUUUCUUGUCAGGAAAGAUCCCAGAAAAUAUGCCAGGGUGAAAGAUUUGUUAACAAUGAAUGAAGAGCUGAAGAGGGCUAGGAAGGCUUUUGAUGAAAUAAAAUUCGCAGGAAAGGAUGCCAUGAUCAAUAAUUAAAUACGUAUAAAAGUUAAGAAAGAAUCUCAUAAUUUAUUAAUUAGCUUAAGAUAAUAAUGUAUAAUUUAUAAAUAAAUGUUUUCUACAGCAUUUUUAGCUGAAAGUAUAACAUCAUUAACUCCAACCCCAUUAUAAGAAGCCCCACACAAUGACAAAGGCAACUUUUUGUCUUUUAUAUACUUAUUGAUUUCUUCUAAGUUUUGCUGAUGACCAACCAAAUAUUGUGGAAUACAUUGCCUUAAAAUAUUGACCUUAUAUUGCACAGGCUCAUCACUAAUAUUUAAAAUUUUAUUUAAAUUAUCCCUGGCUAUAUUAAAUAAUGUUUCUUCACUAGGAUCAUCACCGAAUAAAUCUUUGAACCAAUAACCACCCAUCAUAACAGUUAACACUGUUUUAUUUUGGUAAUUGUGGCAACAAGAAUCAUAGAUAACACCUAAAAUAGGUAAUUUUUCUUUUGGAGGAACCAAAAACCCAAAGCCAGGAUUUUUAAUAAGAUUUCCAUUAUAAAACAAAUUAAUAACAGCCACAUCAACCAUUUUAAUUUUUGCUAAUUUAUUAGCUAAAUCAGGAUGUUGAUUGGCAAUUAAAUAAGCUAAAUUUUUAGCUGCAAUUGAGCUAAUUAUAUGACUAGAAUCUUGUUGACUGCCAUCAUGUAAAUCUAGUAAACAUUUAUCAUUGUUGAAUGUUAUUUUUUCACAUUUCAUAUUCAAAUGUAUUUGAGUAUUGCCAAAAUACUUGAGAGCCCCUUCUAAAGCAAUUGGCAAAGUUUCCAUUCCCCCUUUGAAAGUAUACACAUUCCAUUUGCCUAGUUUUGCUUGGGCAGCUAAAAGUCCUCUAUUUGGAAGUUUCUCUUUUUUGUCCAGUAAAUGUUUAAAAACACCCUUUGUAAUGCUGCCAUAUUUUUGCUCAUACAUAAAGAGUUUUUUCAUUAAAAAAUUCACACUGACUUCUCUGGAGUUGCCAGCACAAAUUCCACAAAGCAUUGCAUCAAUAAGAUAAUCUGCUAUUUCUGGGCCAAAUCUUCUUUUAGUGAAAUCAUAUAGGGAUUCGUCUGGUACUUUAAUGGAUUUUGCUGUGAGAUCUUGCAUCAAAUGUAAUGCAAGUGGCUUGGAAAAUGGCUUUUGCUUGCUAAGUAAACUUAAAAUUGAGUUUGGUAAAGUAUGAAGCUCUCCAUUGACGUAAAUUAAGCGGUUUUUAGCUGCAACAUUGUCUCUAGUAAUCGGUACCACUUCAGAGUUUAAGCCCAAAUCAUCUAGUAAAUUCAGGGUGUUAAUUCCUGCAGCUCCUACAGGACGAAUUGUUCUAGGGCCCUGUUCAAAUACAACUUCUUUGUCGACUUUUUCGGACUUUAUCCAACCCCCUAAAUGGUUGGAGGCUUCUAUUAGGGCUAGUUUUUCUUUACCGGCGAGCUUGGAGAGGUAAUAGGCAGCUGAUAGGCCGGACAAACCACCACCCAAUAUUGUUUUAGGACUAGGAACCAUAAUUAAAUUAAUUUAUUUUUAAUUUGUUUGUUUUGGAUUUUU